AUGCUCAAAAAGGUGAAGAAGGUGAUCCUCUUUGUGAGGCUCAUUGGCUACUCGAUGCGAAUCUUUGCAGAUAUGUUUGCGCGGGCCUAUACAACAAGGAAGAUUACAGCCAAUGCUUCAUCUCAGAUCGAAGGCACCGAGACGAUCAACAUCGUAAUCAUCGGCGCAUCGUUCGCCGGGUAUCAUGCAGCGCAAUUGAUCGCAACAGCGCUCCCGGCAGAUGGCCCCUACCGCUUGAUUAUCAUCGAGCCAAACAGCCAUUGGCAGUUCACAUGGACUUUGCCCCGUUUCUGCGUCGUUGAGGGACAUGAGGCCAAGACCUUCAUUCCUUACGGCCACUACCUUCCCGCCGACUCGGGCCCCAUCGUACGGUGGAUCCAUGAUCGCGUCUCGACUAUCAGUGAGAAGACGGUGACUAUUCAAGGAACCGGCGAGGAAAUUCCCUACUCUCACAUGGUCAUUGCGACCGGAUCAGGAGUCGGCAUGUCUUUGCCUUCAAGAGUUGGUUCGACGAAGAAGUUCGAGGGGGUUCAGCUUCUGCAACAGUUUCAGCAGCAAAUCAAGUCCGCCAAGAACCUCGUGGUGGUCGGUGGCGGCGCUGCUGGCGUUGAACUCGCUACUGAUGCCAAAGACCAAUACCCUGAGAAGAAUGUGACGCUGGUUCAUUCCAGAGAUGUCGUCAUGAACCGGUUCGGUCCUGAGCUUCAGGCUGGAGCCCUGAGAGGCCUCGAGGAUCUCGGGGUCGAAGUGAUCUUGAGCGAACGGACCACCACUGACGCUCCGGUUGAUGGAUUCGUCACUCUUCGUUCAGGCCGCAAGGUUAAGUGCGACUUCCUUGUCAAUGCAAUCGGCCAGCAGCCUUGCUCCCAACUGGUGAGCGAGCUAGCACCCGAGGCCAUUGCCAAGUCAGGGCGCAUCAAGGUCAAACCGACAAUGCAGAUUGACGUCGAUUCUCUUCCUAAUAUCUAUGUCUGCGGUGAUGUUGCCGAAGCUGGGGUUGUGAAUCCCAACGCCCGUGCUGCCAUGAAGCAAGCCAUGUUCGCUGCGGAUAAUCUUGUGCUCUCUCUACAAGGCAGGAAGCCAUCAUAUAUAUAUCAACCGCUCUGGGCUGAUGGGGUCAUCAAGUUAACUCUUGGCCUUCACAAGUCUAUCACGGCUUUUGGGAGUGGAGAUACGGAAUUCCUUAUCAACGGGAAAGAGAAGGAAGUUACCCUCAUGAUCAAAAGGACUUGGCAACACAUGGGCGUCACCCCAUAUGAGGACGUGGAAGAUACACCUAACGUUCAGGAAGAAGCGAUAGAUAAGGUCCGGGAGCUUACGAAUGAUGUGGUCUGA